CCCCAGGUGAUGUUCUGCACGCUGAACACGCACAAGGUGGACAUGGAGAAGCUGCUGGGGGGGCAGAUCGGCCUCGAGGACUUCAUCUUCGCCCACACCAAGGGGCAGCGCAAGGAGGUCGAGGUGCUCAAGUCCGAGGAGGCGCUGGGCCUCACCAUCACCGACAACGGCGCCGGCUACGCCUUCAUCAAGCGGAUCAAGGAGGGCAGCGUGAUCGACCGGAUCCCGGUGAUCGGCGUCGGGGACAUGAUCGAGGCCAUCGACGGGCGCAGCCUGGUGGGCGCGCGGCACUUCGAGGUGGCCAAGCUGCUGAAGGAGCUCCCCAAGGGGCGCCCCUUCGCCCUGCGCCUCACCGAGCCCCGCAAAGCCUUCGACAUGAUCAGCCAGCGAGCGGCGGGGGGCAGAGGCGGCGGCACCCAGCUGGGCACCGGCCGGGGCACCCUUCGGCUGCGCGCGCGGGGUCCCGCCACCGUGGAGGAGCAGCCCUCAGCCUUCGAGGAGCGAGCCAUCGCCAAGGUGGACGACCUGCUGGAGAGCUACAUGGGCAUCCGCGACACCGAGCUGGCCGCCACCAUGGUGGAGCUGGGCCGGGACGCCCGCGACCCCGACGCGCUGGCGCAGGCGCUGGACUCGCAGCUCGGCGACUUCGCCUUCCCCGACGAGUUCGUCUUCGACGUCUGGGGGGCCAUCGGCGACGCCAAGGUGGGGCGCUGCUGA